UUCGAACAACUCCAAGGACCUUGAUGAUCCCAUAUAAAUAUAGCUACAUCAACCUUCUGUUUUUAUCGUCAUGCAUCUGGAUCUACAGGGACCACAACUAAUUAGCCGCAUGGACGUUUUGCGAUUCAUAUUCCUGAUCAUCUCCAUACCCAUAUCCCUGAGUUUUUCUUCGAAAUUCCAAACUCAUCCAAGCCAUGAGAGUUUCUUGAAUGUUCAGCCAGCGCAUCAGAAUUCUUCAUUGAGGGAGCAGGUAAUUGAGUUGUCCAAAGAUCCCGACACAGUGGAAUGGAUGAAAAGGGUGAGGAGAGAAAUUCACGAGCACCCAGAACUUGCAUAUGAAGAAUUCAAAACGAGUGCGCUCAUUAGGCGGGAGCUGGAUCGGCUCGGCGUUGAGUACCGGUGGCCGGUGGCUAGGACCGGGGUGGUAGCCAGAAUUGGGUCUGGUUCCCCACCGGUUGUUGCACUUAGAGCAGAUAUGGAUGCUUUGCCAAUUCAGGAAUCGGUGGAAUGGGAACACAAGAGCAAAGUAGAGGGCAAAAUGCAUGCUUGUGGUCAUGAUGCACAUGUUGCCAUGCUCCUUGGUGCUACAAAGAUACUCCAAGAACUUCGAGACCAGUUACAGGGUACUGUCAUUGUUAUAUUUCAACCUGCUGAGGAGCGAGGGGAAGGUGCAAAAGACAUGAUCGAAGAAGGGGUGCUAGAAAACGUGGAAGCCAUUUUUGGGUUGCACAUAGUGCCACGGUAUCCCAUUGGUGUUGCUGCAUCAAGACCUGGAGAGUUUCUAGCUGGGUGUGGCAGCUUUAAAGCCAAGAUCACCGGGAAAGGUGGCCACGCAGCAGGUCCACAGCACACCAUCGAUCCCAUUUUGGCUGCUGCAACAUCAGUAGUUAGCCUCCAAAGUAUUGUUUCCAGGGAGAUAGACCCUUUUGAUUCUCAGGUGGUUUCUGUUGCUAUGAUCCAAGGCGGGACAGCUUUCAACGUCAUCCCAGACUCGGCUACAAUAUCUGGGACUUUUCGGGCUUUCAGCAAGAAAAGCUUCUUCGCUCUCAGGGACAGAAUUGAAGAGGUUAUAAAAGGCCAGGCGGCUGUACAUCGUUGCUCUGCCGAGAUUGAGUUCUUGGGAAAGGAACAUCCAACACUUCCGCCCACUAUAAACGACCAGAAAAUAUAUGAGAAAGUAGGCAGUGUUGCAAGUGAGAUUGUAGGAGAAGAAAACACAAUAUUAGCUCCUAGCUUUAUGGGGAGUGAAGACUUCGCUUUCUACUUGGAAAAGGUACCUGGAUCCUUCCUAUUUUUAGGGAUAAGAAAUGAAAAGAUUGGAGCAGUACAUCCUCCCCAUAGUCCUUACUACUUCAUCGACGAGGACGUGCUUCCCAUCGGAGCAGCAAUUCAUGCAGCUUUUGCCCAUUCAUACCUUUCAGAUCAUUUAACACAUUAAUUAUUCCUAGAUCGAUCUAAGGUAGUACUAUAUUGCUUUCCUUCUAAACUCUACCGGCC